AUGGAGAAGAGGGAUCUAGAAAGAGAGUUUCACAUGACAGACUAUGCCAGACACUCUUCCGUACAGAAGAAAGCCUCUGAUAAGGCAAAACACAUAACAUUAGAAGCAGUGGAACAACUCUACAAAGAGACAAGACCCAAGAGUUUAGGGAUAGCUGACCUGGGAUGUUCUUCAGGACCGAACACUCUUUCCACCAUUAGAGACAUCAUCAAAGCCGUCGAGUUUGCACAUCACCGUGAGAUCUCAAAGCAGCCUUUGCCGGAAUUCACCAUCUUCCUUAACGAUCUCCCUAGCAAUGACUUCAACUCUAUAUUCAAGUCCUUGCCUGACUUUCACAAAGAGCUCAAGAGAGACACCAACGAUGGUGAUUGCCCUUCAGUUUUCAUUGCAGCCUACCCUGGAUCAUUCUAUGGAAGGCUCUUCCCUGAAAAAAACAUCCAUUUUAUCUAUACCUCUUUUAGCUUACAAUGGCUUUCCAAGGUUCCUCCAGGUUUAUAUGACGAUCAAGGCAAGUGCAUAAACAAAGGUUGUAUAAACAUCUGCUCCUCGAGCCCUGAAGCUGUUUCCAAAGCUUACUAUAGUCAAUUCAAGGAAGACUUCUCCAUGUUCCUCCGUUCUCGAUCAAAAGAGGUGGUUUCUGCAGGCAGAAUGGUGCUCAUAUUAGUUGGAAGAGAUGGUCCUAAUCAUGUUGGUGAGGAAACUCUUUCUUCUGGGAACUUCUCGCAAGAUCCAUAG